AAUUCCCUGAGGAAAGUAAAGUAAAGUGAGAACUUGGAGAAUAAACGUUUUCCCUUGGAUUCUGAGCUUUGCUCCUUUCAUCUCCUGCCUCUGGCCAGGACAAACUGGGCUGUUCUGUUCAUCUCCUGCUAGCAUAGGGAUUAUUCCAAAGCCAACCUGGGAACCAUGACCCGGGAGCAGAGACAGCCCUCCUCUUUGGGGAACAGCCCUCAAGCUGAUCCCUCUUUUUUGUUUUUGUGGUAGUGGUGGGGAGCCUGCAGGCCAUGUUGAUACCUCUUGAGCUCAACUGUGGGCUUCAGAGUGUCCCAAGGCUCUGGAGAGGACUGAGACUAUCUGUGUUUAAGUAGGCUCUCUGCUACUCCCUUUUAUUGAGCUCUACGGUCUGCCUUAAAGUGAUCAUACCUAUCCUGCAAAAAAGUGCUCUGACCAGAGGCUCUCCCUACCUUCCUGGGUGAGAGAACAGGACUCCACCUCUGGCAUGACUCCAGGUCUGCCUUAGUUGCCUGGAAACAGCUUUGCGUCUCUGGCAGACAAACUAUGGCAGGUAGCAGUCCAGCAGCCAAGAGAGUAGUGGUAUACCGGAAUGGGGACCCCUUCUCCCCAGGCCGCCAGCUGGUCGUGACCCAACGCCGCUACCCCACCAUGGAGGUCUUCCUUUCUGAGGUGACAUCAGCCAUACAGGCCCCACUGGCUGUACGUGCUCUCUACACACCUUGUAACGGCCACCCUGUCACCAACCUGGCAGACCUACAGAAUGGAGGGCAAUAUGUGGCUGCUGGCUUCGAACGAUUCCACAAGCUUCACUCUUUAUCCCAUGGAGGGAAGGAUCCAGGUGGGAAGAGCAGCAAACGACAAGAUCCUCCUAUGACUCACCACCCAUGUGAUGGGACCUUUGUACAGUGGAUGCCUGCAGGUGCCCCCUGCUAUAUCCAUGUGUUCAGGAAUGGGGACCUGCUAAGUCCCCCAUUUAGUCUGAAGCUGUCCCAGGCUGCCAUCCAGGACUGGGAAACUGUGUUGACGCUCCUGACUGAGAAAGCAAAGUUGCAGAGUGGGGCUGUGUGCAAACUCUGCACCUUGGAGGGGCUCCCACUAUCAGCAGGGACAGCUCUGGUGAGUGGCUGUCAUUAUGUGGCUGUGGGAGAUGAAGAAUUCAAGGCCCUCCCCUAUCUGGAACUGCUGGUGCCCAGCCUCUCCCUGCCCAGGGGCUGCUGGUAUCCCCCGGACCUGAAGUGUAGGCCCCACAGGCAGGGGGCACAGGGCUACAGGGUACAGGCAACCCAGCCCUCUCCAAAGGAACCAGAAGUACAAAUUGAGCCAUCUGCUUUCUAUGCCAGAUCCCAGCAAACCAUUCAACCAAGAAGCAAGCUCCCUACUCUCUCAUUUCUAGCAGGAGUUAAGGGAGUCUAUAGGGCUCCCCACCCAAGAAAAGAGAUAGCAGGGGCACAGGAAGUAGCAGAUGAUGGAGACAUCUGGACAGAGGAGUCUUUGGAUCAGAGGGCAACACAGAUAGUGGAAGAAGCUCUGUCCUUGGAACACCAGCCUGGGGCUGGAGCUGCAUCCUCAGCCUCAGCCCAUGGUCUUCCAUCUUAA